CUAAAUCACAGUGACACUAAAACCGGUUAAGACUUGCGCCCUGAGCUCCGUCUCCCCGCCCACCACACCCACUUAACUACCUAAACCUCCCCGCCCUCCGCUUUCGCUUUCCCCUCGGCCAUCGUCAUCUGUUUCUUCUAACCGUACUUUCUCUAACAACUUGAAAGCCGCUACUCCUCUGCUUCUUCGUUCUCCCUCUCUUGCUAUACUAUCUCGACUCAACUGUCCAGCACAAUGUCGGCCAAGAACGAGUUUCUUUGCAUCCUCCCGGACAAGCCCGACGCCUUGGCCAGAAGACUGGAAGUGCGCGCACAACAUCUUGCAAAUGUCACACCUCUUGUUGAGUCCGGCAAGGUUGUCCUGGGCGGAGCCAUGCUCGACCAACACCCGAAACCAGACGACUCCGUCUCCUUCAAGGGCAGUGUUAUGAUUUACGUCGCCGAGAGCAAGGAGGAGGUCGAGGAGUUGGUGAAGAAUGAUAUUUACACCAAGUCUGAUGUAUGGGACCUAGGCAAGGCUCAAAUCAUUCCGUUCAAGUCUGCUGCUCGCUUGGCCUUGUAGAUCUCUGUCCCAUAGUUUACGAAUGCAAUGACAUCGUGUAUUCCCGUGACAA